CGCCGUGGAAUCGAUCGUCUCCUGCUCCGCCCCGACUCGCCGACGAUGUCCUCCGCCGCCGGAGCCGGAGAGCCCCCGUCUUCAUCCCGACACGGGAAGGAGAGAGACGACGGUGCCGGCGACAGCAACCGCAAGGAGGAGAAGGAGGAUUAUGUGGCGGAGGUAGACGUGGAUCUGGACCUCUAUGGCGCCGCCGCGGGGUGGGUGGAGGCGCGGACAAGCUGCCCCCACCUCCCCGCCAUGCCCGCCGCCAGCGCAGACGAACUCGCCCGCGUGCCCGCGCCUGACUCUCAGUGCUCUAGAUGUCAUCAUCCUUCGGAAAACUGGUUUUGCUUGAUUUGCAAAGAUGUGCUGUGCAGUCGUUUUAUCAACAAACAUAUGCUGCACCAUUUUCAAGAAACAGGCCAUUGUCUUGCCCUGAGCUUCAGUGAUCUGUCAGUUUGGUGUUUUGCCUGCGACUCCUACCUGGAUGCUCAAUCCAUUUUAGAACUGCGCCCAGUUUAUGAAGUUGCACAUCUGUUGAAAUUUGGAGAAAGGCCCCCUUUCCGAUCACUGGAAGUGCUUGAUUUGAGCAGUGGACAAAAUGGAGGUUCAUCUUCAAGUUCCUAAAGUGCUAUGUUCUAGCUGGAACUUGUUAAGCUUCAGCACAAAUGCACUCACUAAAAUCAAGCAAGUGUUUGGUCAGACGUCCAUAUCGAGAACCUAGCCAAUGCUGCCAUUAUGCACUGAAGACAGCCACUAACUGGUGAGUAUCAACGUCUAUGGAAUCUGAUCCUCUUGACUUCCAGUUGAACGGGUACGACGUCCCUAUUGGUAUCUGUAGCCCCAUCUGUUUGCAAUUUAGAUGGCCAUUUACUUAUGAUGGCAAUAAAUUUGGUUUCAUUCUGUAUUGUUGACACCUGUUAUCUUGCAAUGUAAAAAUUUACUAUCUA